AAAAAAUAUCUUGCUGAUCUCUUGAAAAUAUCAAAGCUAAAAUUGAGUUACUGGAAUGGCAUCUUUCUCCAUUUCUCAACUCUCAAGUCCAAAAUCUGCUGAAAUUCAUCUACUACCCGGUUCUAACAAGCCCAUAUUCAGGAGGCCGAGAUCUAUUACUGUAAGAUGUUGUGAAAGAAAGAAGAAUUAUUAUGAACUGUUGGGAGUUUCUUCUGAUUCAAGCUCUCAAGAAAUAAAAGAUGCGUACAGGAAACAGCAGAAAAAACAUCAUCCAGACAUUGCCGGGGAAAAGGGUCAUGAGAAUACUAUUAAGUUGAAUAAAGCUUACGAGGUUUUAAUGAAGGAGGAUCUCAGACGAGAGUAUGAUUCUUCGAUUGGCCUAAUGAGGUUGGGUGCAACGAGCUCGUGGAAAGGCCCCUUGAGACCCGAAGCUAUAUUCGUCGACGAGAAUGCUUGUAUAGGUUGUAGAGAAUGUGUACACCAUGCUGGCAACACGUUCACCAUGGACGAAGCAGUCGGAACUGCACGUGUCAAAGUUCAGUAUGGUGAUGAUGACACACAAAUCGAGAUAUCAGUUGAUUCAUGUCCUGUAAAUUGCAUCUAUUGGGUGGAGACAGAAGAGCUUGAAGUGCUGGAAUACCUUAUUCAACCUCAACCUAAGGAAGGCUAUGGCGUAUUCGGACAAGGCUGGGAAAGACCUGCAAAUGUCUUCGUGGCUGCAAAGUCUUUCAACAAACAGAUAAAGCGAAAAGUCGAAAACCAGAAGCGAAAUGCACGACCAACAAACAAGGAAUAAAUUCCAACUCAGGCAUUUAAGAUUGGAAGUUCUGCAAGAAUUUGGAGCAGAUGAUGAAAAUAAUGAUCCCAUUGGUGUUAAAGGAGACCAGCGACCAGUAAAUGGAAGAAAACAACCCAAAGCGGCAUAUAUGCAAACAGAUUGAAAGCAUUGCAGUUUUAUUAGCAGAAAUUAAUGUUACUUGUUGAAUAUUACUUGUACAUAGUCUCAAACUGUAGGCUUAAGAUCAACAAAGCCAUAGUACAAAGUUCUACUUUUAUGUAUUUUGUCUUAAAUAAUGUUUUGACAAUUAACCCCUAUUUGAUGUAGAUAAAAUUGAAUUUUUA